CAUGGACUCAAGCAUUCCAGGCGUCUUGAAGACGCAUUCCGCUCAGAUGAAGGAAGAAGUGGAGAAGCUUGUCAGAUGGAUCCAGAACCAAGGUACCCUUCAGAUAAUCUUGAUCCGGAUUGGCACCGUCACAGAAGACACAUUCGACGUCUCUCUGGAUCUCGUGGUCUCCAACCAGGUCAAACUCAAGGCAAAAAUGUCCCAGAUGUCGCUUGAAUUGAGCAAUGGCGCUGGUUGUCUGGGCAAUAUCGCUCUGCCAAAAUUUCAGUUCCAUCCCGAGAAUGACGGAACACCUAUCAACAUCACACACCAGCGUGUCGAGAUCAAGAAUAAGUCCGCUAUUGAGUCUUUUGUUGCGAGUAUGUUGGUUCAGAAGAACACCGUACUCUUCCUUAAAAAAGGAGAGUGCAACUUCAAGGCACUUGGCCAACCCCCCAGUCCCAUGAGCUAUGAGAAGCAGAUCUCCAUGCAAGGCAUGAAUGGACCAUGCACAACCAUCAUAUCCAUAAACUAUGAGGGCCACAAAGUGUCCAUAGUAUUCAAGGUGACCAACGCGAGCCCCAUGGAACUCACUUUCGGCACUUGUGAGUUUGAGAUGCAAAAUGCCGACUCACAGGUCUGGGCAGAGUUAAAAGGGCGUCUGGACAUUCGGAGGGGCGAUUUCUGGAUGAAACUCACGGGCACCUUGGAUAGGAGUGUGUCUCGAAAAGGAAAGGCUCAUCUUGUAGGCAGGAGAUGCGCCACAGCAGGAUGGCUCGAUGGAGCCGUCAAGUGUAUCGAGAUUGAAUUCGAUGAUGUGGACAGUGUUCCAGCCCUUAACAUCGAAAGCACGCAGAAGGAUAACACCACAGUCUCUCGCCGCAGCCGACUUAAGUUUUGGAAGAAGUGA